AAGAUUCCAAACCUCUAGGCCUUUCCGAUAAGGCUCUCAGUUCACGCGCCGACGCCUUGAGUCUUUGUUUUGCUGACCACCAUGAGAGAUGGUACAGAAGGAGUUCACAGUUCACGAUCGUCACUUGUAGCUGUACCCGUGUCUGAUCAGCUUCAUCACUCGAAAAGAAUAAAACGAUCAUCAUCAAUAGCCGUAGCAACAAGACCGUCAUCAAUAUUGAUGAAUAAUAUCAACAUUGGUGAUCUUCCAGAGGGUGUCUUGGUUGAAAUCCUGAGUCGACUUCCUUGCUAUAAAUAUGUUUCUCAGUGCAAGUGCGUAUCCAAGCAUUGGUGCAGUCUCAUGUCUGAUCCUAGUUUCAUUGGUCGCUUCCUAUGUCUCCAAAGUGAUAAACAGACAGAAAUAAUCCGUAGUCUGAUAAACAGACGAGGGGUGGAAUUUCUCAAAAGACUAUCAUCGUCGGGCAAGCCGCUAACCCGGUUAUUUGGAAGUCUUAUGAGUUUUAACCAUUUGAACGAGGAGCCAAUUGUGGUAGGUACCUAUAAUGACUUAGUAUUGUGCUGUGCAAGCAAUUUAUAUCAACGUGAUUACUACAUCUGCAAUGCAUACACAAACCAAUGGGUACCUCUUCCUCCCCCUCCUCAACUCUGCCAGUUCGCAGCAGUGGGAUUUAUCUGCGAUCUUCCUUACUACCAGUGCAGGAAAGACAAAGACAUUCACGACCACAUCCAACUUAAUACUGAUUUUAGGUACAGGGUUGUGAGAUUAAUUGAUGAUCCUGAAAAGAAAUUAUCCUGCAAAUUCAAAGUACAGAUCUUCUCUUCUGAGACCGGUGAAUGGACUGAAUCAAUUGUCACAACCCCAUCACCUGUUCAUAAUAAUUCCAUCGAUACCCAAAUAUACUUUCCCUGGAAUGGUGUGUUGUAUUGGAUGGCUCAUGAUUGCGACUUUCUUAUUGGAGUAGAUCCAUUCAUGAUCACCGACAGGAAUAGUACUAGUGUACCUAGUACUAGCAGUUAUGGUACUCCUGAUGAUGGUAUUGUGUGUAGGUGUGAACAGAGGGUGUUAGGUCACGACCUUGAAACCCUUGUUUUGUAUGUUGUGGAGUUGAAUGAAGAAGAAGUCUCCACGGCAGCCGGCAAGUUUUGUUUGGAUCAGAGGGUGAAGAAUUAUGCACUGGAUUGGGAAAUGGUUCCAGAUGAUGAUGCCAUGUACCUAGUCCUUCCUCUUGGUUUUGACCCUAGUGACGAUGGGACCGUGUAUCUGCAUAUAGGUGAAGGUUAUUCUAUUGGAGAGAUUUUCAGGUACAACAUUCAUACAGGAGAAUGGUUAAAGAUAGUUGAAAAGAGUUUACUCGAGCGUUUUAAGUUCUACCCACUGGUGCUCCCAUGGGUGCCAACACCAGUUCCAAGACUACCCGAACAUGCCAGACUCGUCAAGUCUCCAAAUUCCAACUUGGCAACUUGCAAAGGCCUACUUUGCUCUAGCAUCGUGUAA